AUGGAAGGCACAGAUGCGCAAGGGGGUGAAGGACACAAGCCCCUAGAGAAGGUGGGGAGUGUUCUUUGCUUAGAGAGGAGCUCCAGCGCCGUGCCCACCGGAGAUUUGCUGGUCCGCCAUGCCAAGGGCCUGAGCCAGGACACCUUCAAAAUUUGUAAAGAAUACCUGAGGCCUCUGAAGAAGUUCCUGAGAAAGUUGAACCUGCCCAAGGACCUUCCCCAGAAGAAAAGGAUAAAGUACACGAAGGAGAGCCUUGAGGCCCUGGGCGACCACAUUAACACCUUCCUGCAGCAUUACUGCCGAGCUUGGGAGAUGAAGCAUUGGAAAAAGAUGCUCUGGAGAUUCGUGUCCCUCUUCUCAGAACUAGAGGCGAAGCAGCUUCGACGGCUCUAUAAGUACACCAAAACCAACCAGACGGCCAAGUUCCUGGUCGCGUUCUGCCCCUUGGAUGCACCGGAGAGAUCCUUGCUCGCCAACCAGGAGGACAGUCUUCCGAGGCUCUGCAGUGCCUGGGGGUUGCAUGGAAACAUCAGCGGCAUGAAGGAGAGGCUGUCCAAGAUGCAGGCCCCAGGCCAAGAAGCGGUCAUGCUGGAGGAGCCAGGGUCCUCAAACGGCCCCGGAGAUUCUUUAAGGAAACUUCCUGAAAAACCAAAACUGAAGAAAAAGAGGAUUAAGGAAAGCCCAGAACUCCCAGGAGUGACCCACGAGAAGACCACUGGGCUGGAGGCAGCUCUCCCUGGCUCCUGAGCACUUGCAUAGACACUAGGGCAUGAGGGAGCUGAAGAGGGUAAAGAAAAGUUACCGUAUCAAAAGGAUGCCCAGUUUUUAUUAUAAAUAAAUGG